AUGAGGAAAGUAAAAGAGAUCUUAAGGCAAAAAAAAGGUAGACAUGGUCCUAUUUCAAGAAACAAAAAGAACAGAGAUAUCAAAGCAGUUGUCAGAGCUCUUUGGCCUGAAGAUUUGGUUGAUUUCGUGGCAGUAAGUGCUGAUGGCAGUGCUGGUGGAAUGCUCUGUGUGCGGAAAACUGAGGUAUUUGAGCUGAUUGAUUGCUGCAGUAACAAGAAUUACAUCAUCCUAUCAGAUGUUUCAAUGAUUGAGAGAAAGUAUACAUGGUGCAACUCACAGGUAGGAGAGAGGUGGAGUAGAUUGGAUAGAUUCCUAGUCAGUCCAGAAUGGUUAGAAUGGUUUAGAUUUAAACUAUGGGGUCUAUCAAGGUUGUUAUCAGACCACUGCCUAUUAAUCUUAAUGGAAGAUGAUAGGGAUUGGGAUCCUAGGCCAUUUAGGUUCCUAAAUGCUUGGGUUCUUCAUCCCACUUUCAUAAACAAGGUAAAUUCUGUAUGGGAGAGCACUCAUGUGGAUGGAUGGGCUGAAUUUAGGUUAAAGAUCAAAUUAAAGUCCUUGAAAGAAGCAUUGAAAGUUUGGAACAAUGAAAUGUUUGGAAAUGUUGAGUUCAAGCUCAAAGAAGCAGAGGAUGCAAUGCAUGCACUGGACUUGGCUGCUGAGGUUAGACCCUUGCAAAAUCAUGAAGUAUUAAGUAGAAGAGAGAUCAAAUGGGAGAUAUCGAAGAUGAGAAAAAUGAAGGAAUGGAGACAGAGUAGGAACCUAAUGGACUCCAUCACAAUCAAGGGAAACACCUUUAACAAACUUGAAGAUACGAAACAAGAAAUUGCUAGGUAUUUUGGUGAGGCAUUUGCUGAGAAUUGGUCUAUUAGACCUAAGAUUGGUGGUGUAUUUAAAACCAUUGAACCCUCUCAAGCUGAGUUACUAGUAAAGGGUUUUUCUGAAUCAGAAUUGUGGGCUACAAUCAAAGAGUGUGAUGGGAAUAAAGCACCUAGGCCAGAUGGAUUAAAUUUGAUUUGCAUUCAAAAGGGUUAG